AAAAGUAAGGCAAAAACUUGACAUACCAUUUUGCCAUUUCAUAUACAAGUCUCCAAAUAAUCUCCAAAAAAGAAAAAUGGUUGAACCAUCACUAAGCUGGCCAAUAAUAGAAAGGUGCAUUAUGCAGGGAGAUGAAUUUGGAAAUUGGGCUCAGUUCUUGCAAGCCAUCCUUGUCUCUUUAGCAUGGUUUUUCGAUGUUCAACAAACAUUCAUAAGUGCUUUCACUGAUGCACAGCCAUCUUGGCAUUGCACAUCUCCUCCUCCUCCUUCUUCUUCUUCUUCAUCAGACUGCAACUCUUUCAACAAGAAUGUUUGUAAUCUUCCAAAGGAUUCAUGGGCAUGGGAUUUAGCAGCUCAUACUUCAGUUAUUUCAGAGUGGUCUUUACAGUGUGAUGGUUCAAUUAUUACUGGUCUUCCUGCUUCUUCCUUCUUCAUGGGACGUCUUACUGAACUCGGCUGUGGCAAUGGUGAGACAAGUGAUGGUUCUCGGAAGGAGCCUUCAGUCCCAUGCUCAUCGCAGUUGGUCGGAGCAACAAGUGGUUUUCUUUUGGUGUAGGCAUAGCAAUAUGUGGUUGUUUCGUUUUGUGUCUAACGGAAACAAAUGGCAGAACAGAACACCUAGUGAUAUAAUGGAUGAAGAGGAGAACAAGUAAGGAACAAUUGUCUGUUAAUCAAGUCAAGGAAUAUCAUUUAAUCUACUGAUCACUAAUGUAUGUCCUAUGCCAACAAAAAUACAAUUUGUACUUUUCUUAUCUGAGUAGAUUUGAUCAUGACAUUCGCCAAUUCAAAUUUACUCAUUUAUUUAU